AUGCCGCAUUCAACCCAAGCAUCGGAUCGUCAUGUAUCAAAACCCUCCUACCGUCAUCAACCAUACUCUCAACCCCAGCCAUCCAAGAAGUCGAAGUCCCAAUCAAAGCCUAAACAGCCCAAUACAUACAACAGAUGUUGGGAUUGGAUUGUUACAGAUGGUAACUGUCACUACGCAAAGAACCGUUCGACAUUCCGAAGCUACCGACGAGCGCCGGGCAAGAUCGCCGGCUCACGUGUCCUUGGUGUAGGGAGUGUUGAACUGCGUGUCCGACGACGCUCGGGCGAUGGAGCGAUCAACACACUUGUGCUCGAUAACGUAUUGCAUAUGCCGAAUGCGCGGUGCAAUGGGUUGAGCCUGCCAAAAUACCGUGAAACACACCCAUUAGCGGGGGUAGAUGGCGAAGGUGACCACGUCGAAGCGCGGAGUGACGAUGGAUCGGAGCCGGAGUGGUAUGCAGAAAGGUACCAUGGACUACCAAGAGUUGUGCUUGCGGGCGAACCUCAGGGAGAAUCACAUCUGAGCGAUGAUGGUCAUAAUAUGCUUUCUGUGAUGGCUUCGAAUGAGGAGAUGGAAAAACUUUGGCAGAGGGUGCAGAAUAGAAGUUGGGUGGCGUAG